AUGCUAGUACUACUACUAUUUUCUAUUGCUUUGGGAUGUGCCUUGGGUACACCUUUUACUAACGAACCUGAACAUGGAAUGGGGGUCCGCUUCACCCGACGCGGACUGGAGAAGUUCUGCCAGAAGGGCUACUCUAUCAUUCCUGACGUUAUCUCUGCUCUUCCAGCGUUUCCAGAGAUACCCAUAACUGUCGGGUCUUUGAAGCUUACCCUCUCGAAUGUGAGGCCUCGUGCAGUGCGUGUUUCAACCAUGAAGGUCUACUUGCAAGACAACAACUUUGUCAAGAUGGAGGCCCGGGACGGCAUCAUGCAGAUCUCGAUGCGGCUUAAAACUACCAUCACUGGGAUCACCGGGACCGUCGACUGCAUCUUCACCCUCAAGGACUUCGGGGCAGACAUCUCUCUGAGGCUCGGAGACGACCCCACCUGCCCCUACCACUUCGGGCUCUCCGAGAUAUCGAACGUCGUGUACUCGUCUGGGCUCGACAUCGAUGCGAUCGGACUCGACACAGGCGGGUCUGUCCUUGCAACUGCCAUCCAGGGCAUGGCGCCCACGUUGGAGGAUUUGAUGAAGAACACCGUGUUGCAACUCCUCUUUAACACAAUCUUCAAUUCAAUAAAGCAGUCAAUGCUCAACCUGCCCUUAGUUGUCCAGAUCGGUGAUGACUAUCUGACUGACCAGCGCUACAUCAACGGCAUCAAUGUCGUCGAUAACAAGAUAGUGGCAGACCAGGGUGGGUUUUCAAUGAUCGCUACUAUCCCAGAUUGGUCGGUCAGAGCUCUCUAUCCAAACAAGAUCACCUCUCCCCCUCCGAAGACAGUCUACACCGACAGGGACUAUGAGUUCUAUGUAGACAGGGAAUCAGUUAACUCCUACCUGUAUGCCUGGCACGUGGCGUAUGACAAGUUCAAGGCAGACGGUCUCACUGUCCCGUACAGCACCAUCAGGGCGCAGAACAUACCCGGCCUUGCAGAGGCUCUUGUGAAGGCCGGACUACUAAGCACUGUUAACGACCUUGGACUCGGGGUCACCCUGACCCUGUCUGUCAGUCCCUCCAAGGAUGCCGCACCCCACAUACCGUGGAUCGGGGCGGCUGCACUACCGGUCAACCUCACGGGGGCACUCGUUGUGACAGCUAGCAAGGUAUCAGACCAAACCCCUGUAACUCUGGCCAACCUUGAGGGCGACGUGCUCUUCUCUUCUGCGCUCAAGCUUAAGAAGUUUACCUAUGGAUUUAACAACGACCAAGUUCGUGCAUAUGUAGAGCUUCUUGGAGUGCACGAUAUCGCCACCAAGAAGCACAGCGAAGGGAUGGAUGAUCCUGUUCCUCUGCUGAAGCGUCUUCUUCUAGAUAAGUACCUCCCCCUUGUUAACCCGAUCCUGGCCGAGACAGGGGUGGCCCUCAUGAACGGGAACUUCAUCGACUAUGCCACUGUCGACGUCAUUUAUCUGUGCAGCGAGGACAGGGUGCUCUUCGUUGCCGACAUUGAGAAAAACCAGUACUUUGCUUGA